UCCGCUGAACAGUAAAAACUGCAGGACCCAAAGCAUAUUGAAGCUUCCAAUCGACAACUUCUUUACACAAUGUCGCAAAGCGGACAAGAAGACGAUGACAGCGAUGUUUAUGAAAUAAUUGAGACUCCAGGUUCAAGAACUUUAGUUGAACAGCUCAUUGCCAUGGAUUUGGCUGAUAGGCCGGUUGUUCAACAAAUUAGUAUUGGGGGAAUGUCGGGCUGGUUUGCUGCAUAUGUGUGUAAGAGAGUUGGCAAGCUCACCCUGUCGGCUAUUGGAGGAGGAAUACUUGUGCUUCAGAUUGCUCACAGAGCAGGCUACAUCAACAUCAACUGGAAAAGAAUGGAAAAGGAUAUGGAUAAAGUUGCCAAAAAAGUUGAAAAGCAAGUCAAGAAGAUAAAGAAGAAUGAGAAAGAUGUUGAGAAAGGGAUUAUUGCACUAGCAAACAAGGGCUAUUUAUAUGCCAGACGAAAUGCUGCAGCUGUUUCAGGAUUUGCAGGUGGAUUUCUUCUUGGUUUGGCAUUUUGAGUAAAAUGUCAAAUGAGAUGCUCAAGCACUCUGAAUACAACCUUGUUUAAUCACAGCUUAAAUUAUUUGCAUGACAUCCGGGGUUCCAGAUAAGUUUUCAAGACAGGGUGUCAAUAAGGAAUUCCAACGGGUCAAUUCCCACUGCUUCCACCUAAUCAUUAGACCCAACAAAUUAAUAAAAAAUAAAUUAUAUAUUUUUUAUUUAUUUAUUGGGUCAUGUAGCUGACCUUGGGUUUUUGACCUGAGACCCCUCACUUAUCUGGAACACUGCAGAACAUCAUGCUUUUUAUAACUAAUCACCUAAACAAUCCUAAGAAUUCCUUUUCUGGUAACAUGUAUAGUGAUCCAAGCAUACAUUUCAGUGAACUUUUAACCUUAA